GCCCUCCGAGAGUCUCUUGGUUAAGGCCAGACGCGGCCUCUGCGUGUCCACGAACGCGAUGUAAUCCGCAGAGCGAGUAGCUUGUAACAGGAAGCGACUAGGCCGUGCGCGGCGCCAUUUUGAUGAGGUCACUGGGUGUCUCGCGAUGUUCGCGCCGCCUCUGCCGCUUCCAGAACGUCUGUUAUUGUUCGGUUACUACUUCCUCUCUAAGGCAACCAAUAAAACAAAAAAUAACAAAGCGACGGAAACGGAGUCACUCGUGUAGCGCAAACGGUUAGAGAAGCGCUGGAUAGGAAAAUGCGAUGAAUGGCUGAGAAGAAUGCACAGAGGACACACACACUGUUUCCAUCCCAUUGUCCAUCGCAUCGAAAAAAGGGAGACGCUAUCGGAGACCUCUCCGUGUUAUGGCAUGUGAUCUCUGACACUGAUUCUGCUUUGAAAGACCUACAAAAGAAACUGGAUGUGUUCCCUAUGGAAACUGAUGUGCUUGUCAUGGAGACCAAGCAGCCAUCGUUCCAUCUCACACGUAAAGUCAGCCGCAAGGAUGGGAGAUACCAGGACUUACCCAAUAACCAGAGCAGCAAAUCUUUGCAACCAAGGGUAUCUGGAAGAGAGACAUCUCCACGUAGACCCCUUCAUGUUACCACCCUGGAAAGCAAUGUGAAAAAAACAGGACAUGUGGCUUUUAGAGAGCCUCUGUCAUCUUACCGGGAGGUUUCUAGCAGUCUCUUUGCUGGCACGGGCAAGACCGAGACGCGUUCGUCUUCUGGACGGGCUGUUGGUGCCCCAGAGGAAGGAGACUUUGACAGCACACGUUCUUCAGCUGUGGAUGGCACGGCAGUGCAAUUUCUGAAUGACCAGGCAGCGAUUGAUGCUUUAAAAUGGCGAUUGCAGCGACCACAGAGGGACGUUUCUGAGCCAGCCAUGCAGGCAGAUUACAGGCCAAGAAAACCAUCUGCUCCUUCAUUCACCCCCUCUAGCAACAGGCUAGAGAAGUUAAAGCAGCGACAGCCUGACUCCAAAUUAGAGAGGCUUAAAGAACGUAUUCGCAGGCAGUGGGAACUUUCGGGAGAGAAUAAUGCUGCUGUGACCCCCGACAAUGCAGACUGCCCAAAGACUAACACCAAUCUGACGCGCAAAGUCACUACUGCUCCUCCUGCACCGGUUUACCCAGGAUUUAAUACCCCUAAGACAAAGAUCCGUACCCCAGAUGGCAAAAUCUGGCAGGAGGAGGAAUUUCACAACCUGAGUGCUCUGCAGCAACAAAGUGUAUCACGCCCUCUGCAAGAAGACACGGGUGGCACUGAGAAAUCUCACACAAAGCGAACAUCCAGACCCGUGCGGAAGGUGACAAGAGUGGGUGGAAUUGUGGAUCCCCAGAGCCCUGAACGCAAGUCAGGACAAAUCAUCACCCCACAUUCUUGGCGAGAUGGGCAAAAGUUGGUGAAUCAAAUCCUUGGGCCUGCAACAAAGGUUUCUAAAAAACAAAAAGACAGAUCCCCUGAUAAACGUGAAAAUAAAUUGAGUACGUUUACUAAUAGGCAGUCUGAUAAGAGGCCGGCGUCUUCUGAGAAAAGGGUAGACACAGGGAGGCAAAGGGAAAGUCGCUCUUUGUCCCGCGACAGACAGACUGUUAAACAGAACUUAUCCAAAGAGAAACACAAAGAUGACCAGGACAGAUCCAGUAAAUCAGCUGGAUCAGGCUCACAUGUGGAUAAGUUGUGUCCAGCUACCAGUAAAAUGUCUCACGCACCCCCGGAUACCAACAAGCAACAGGCUGAUUCUUUAGAACUGAAAAAACAAUUCCUACCUCUGGAAAUCAGGGCGAUCUUGGAUGAUUUGCAACUGGACAGCGAAAUUCAAGUGACUAAGAAGAAACGAAGUAGAAGUCAUAGUCCAGCCAAAACAAAGCUGGACAAAGCUCAUGAUCCACACCAGCCUCCUGUCUCUUUCAAACAUAGACAUUAUGACCCGGACAAAAUAAGAGAGUAUAUCCAACAUCAGCAGGAGCAGAGGAAAAAGAAACAGACUGAGCAGAAACAGGCACAGCAAAAGACAGAGGAACUUAAAACCAAACGAUUACAGGAACUCUAUCAGAAGCAGAAAGAGGCAGUCACCAAGACCAAAAGUGCAACAGCUGCCCAACAAAAAGUUAAAUUACCAAAGCCAACUCCCAGCCAGUGCUAUGCGCCCAGCUCCCGAUACCCGCAGGAAACACAUCCUGGAUUGUUCGGACAAGCUUGGCUUGAUAUCACUGGUCAUGAAAAGCAGGUGAAGCCUUUGUACCAGCCCUCUGGGGAAUCUGACAAAGAGAACAAAGGUCAGGAGCGACCUCUUAGUGCCUCAUCCAGCAGCGAACUGUCCCUUUCGGAGCCUCUGCAACCUCUACUCAGAACUGAUCUAGUCGACACGUAUUGUCUGCAGCCUGACAAAUUGCACACGACUGGCCUAAUACCUCAGUCUCUGAGUCAAGUGCCAGGGGCAACGGGAAUGCCCUUGCAGCCACACACUCUUUCAAAGGACUUGUUACACCCUGGGAGAGCCUUUGAGGGUAAACCAACAACCAGUUUCAGGAGUAACCUUGAUCGCAUUGAGGCUCUAAAGGCCACUGCCAUCUCUUUGUCCUCCAGAAUUGAAAAUGAAGCUAAAAAGUUGGUUGAGGCAUCUGUAACCCCUCAGUCGGCCUGGGGCAGCGAUCCUUACCCAAAGGGUCAAACCAAAAUUACAUCGCGGAAACCAGAUAGCCCACCUGAAAGAGAAAGCACAGACGAUGUUUUCAAAGACAGAAUACAGAAGAUGCUCAGGACGUGUGAGAGUAAUUUCUACCAGAAGGUCCUUCCUGGUGCCAACAAUCUCUACAAGAAAUCUCCAGAGAAAUAUUAUCCUGAUGCAGCUACCACAGCUGGAAUUUGCGAGGUUGAAGAAGAGGAAACAAAGCUUACACAAGAAGAACAAGAACUUGACUGUCACCCUAUCAAACAUUCUGAACCAAGUCCCUCUCACAACUCAAGCACUAGUUCUAUCAGUGAGGGUCCAUUGAUGAUAGAAGAAAGCCUUUCUGAAGGUGAGGAAUUCCAUGCACAACGCGGGUCGCUAUUUCACCCAGUGGAAGCAUUUAUAAACAAGGAAUUUUGUAUCGGUGAUACCAGUUUGCACAACCCACUUGAUGAAUUCCGGAGAGGCGCCAGUAAUUUCCAACCCCUGCCAUCGUCUAAUAUGGAAUCAAAAGAUCCCUUGGAAGAGCUAGCUAAGGGAAGUCCUCACAGUGUCAUCAACGUUUUCAUCAAGUCAUACCAGGUCCUAGAAAAAGGUGUGGAAGGGCAGUCACAGAAUGGUUUACAAGAACUUCAGCCACCCUGCGCAGAUACCAGAGUCCAGGACAGUGUAUCCUAUGCAGAUGAUUUCACUUCACCAUCAAUCAGUGAAAUCUCAGCAAACACUCAGAAAGUUCUUAAGCUGAGCGCUGACAGCUCUUCUUCCAGCAUCAAGGAAGAACUUCCCAGGUCUAGAAGUGAUGCGGCUUCAUACCAUUCCUCUGGGGCUCAGUCUACUACAUCACCCUCUGGAUCAUCUUCAUCUCAAAGAAGUAGCAAACACCGAAAAGGAUUGCGGAAUAGAAGCCCCAAGGUCUCUCAGGAACAUGAAUAUUCCUCCUCUGGCUCUGAAAACAAAUAUCAAAGGAGCAGGCGUUCUCAGAGGAGGGAGCGCUCUAUAAUAUCAGACAGCGAUAGAACAAUUAGUAAUCUGUCCUCUCAUUCCAUAGCAAGUCUGUUGUCUGAUGCUGGUAACUCUUCAGUGAGUCGUCAUUCUAGCUUACAGGAGAUGGGAGUACAAGUUCCAUCCCCGCCACCGCCUGCUGCGACCACUGCAUUGGGAUCUAAAGUGCCAGCUGGUGUGUCAGUGCCAGGUACCAUGCGAUUUUCUCCUGCCGCACUUCAUCAGCGUAUGUCGGCAGAAAUUAACCACCUGAGUGCUGUGGACGACACCAUGCAGCACUUGUGUUUUGUGGAACGAGUUCAUAAGGUUUUACAAGCUGAGGAAGAUAUUAUUUUCCGUGUAAAGAGGCUCAGGGCCCAGCAAGAACAGCAGGAACAGGACUUAUUUGCACUGAAACAAGAAAUGGAGCAAAAGCAGGAAAGCUUUGGACAGGAGUAUCAAACAUCAGCAAAGGUAAUCCAGGACGAAGCGCAAUUGAGCUCCCGGAAUACAUCAGAAACAUCUGGUUCACGGACUACCAACACAAUCCAAGAGGAGAUAGAUCGUGGUUACCUGUCUCCAACCAGCUCAGAUGUCACUGUGACCCUUUCUGUUGAUCAGCCGAAAAGACCACGUCACUAUGAGUCAAGAAAAAGGGGGUCUCGUACAGCUUCUCCAUUAUCUCCACCUUCCAGCAGUACAAGUCAAUCUAGGGAGCAUCUUUAUAGUGAACACAACAGUCCACCAACUUCAAUCAAGGAAGCAACUAUAAGCCAGAGUGAGCUCGAGGAGAGCAUUUCUGAGAUGUUACCAUCUCCGACAAGCAGCAUAUUGGAAGAAGGGAGCCUGUCCCUGAGAAACAAAGGCCCCAGCUCAACAGGUCACAUUAAUGAUGAAAAGGUUAUAGAAGAGCAAUCAUUUCGCACGCUACUUCCCUCUGAGGCCCACCGCAGAGACAGCAUGGAGAGACAGUUAAGCCAUCCCAAUGAAUCUUAUAAAGAGAAUAUUCCUGGCAAGGAACACAGUGGCCCGUUUUCAGGUGGGCAGGACAGCUUUUCUCGCUUUACCAUGGAAAUGGUGCGGCAGUACAUGCAGGAAGGGGAAAUGCGAGCAGCCCACCAAGCUGCUCUUCUUCGCCUGCGGGAAAAAGCUCUAAAAGACAAGACCAAAGCAGAGCUUGCAUUGCUAGAACACCAAAAAAGACGGCUGAAAGAUAAAGGAGAGGAUGAUAAGAUGCCUACACUGACGAAGCGCCAGCAGGGUCUACUACUGAAGCUACAGAAGGAGCAGGCUGAAAUUAAACGUCUGCAAGAAGUUAACAAAGCGGCUCAUAGGGAGAGGCAGCUUAUCCUGAAACAGCAAGAAGAGAUUCACCGCAUUCAAAGCAGUACACAGAGACUGAAAGAGAAGCUGAAAUGUGCCGAGAGCGUGCAACUGGAGCUACCCAGUGAAGGAGAUAUCCCACCUAGUCCUGCGUCUACCCCAGUCCCCUCGGAUGCAGAGAGUCGCAGCCAGUCCCCGGUGUCUGUGUCCAGCAGCGAGACCAGCAGCAUCAUGCAAAAACUGCGGAAAAUGCACAGCCAUAUGGAUGCCAAGUUUUUGACCAAAAGAGAACAGCAGCUGGUGCAGCGUAGGUUACAUGCCCAAGAGCUUCUGGACUGGAAGAAGAGACUAGAUGAAGAGGAGAUUGAAGUUAGACAGAUUGAGAAGCAAGCUCUAGCAGCUUGGGACAAACAGAGAGUGAAAACAAACAGCCAGGGUCCAGAUGAAGCGAAGGACAUUACUGAAGAUCAUAGAAGCUCUGAGGAGUCUCCAGUUCCAUUAAGUUCCCCAGGUGGCAUCAAGACCUCUGGGAGUCCCCCAUCUGACUACGUCCCAUCUGAGACUAUUGAGCAUUCAACAAUUGCUGAAGAAAUUUUGGAGCAAAGUGGUGAUCACAGCAGCAUCUCUGAGGAAUUGGUGCCAUCUUCAUAUAGCAAAGAGUCUCAAACAAAAAGCAUCAAAUCUCCAGAUUCCGCCAAGGAGAGUCCAAAGUCUGGGAGGCAUCAGGUCCACUUUACAUUGCAACUCCAUCAGCUGUCUCACACUUGGUCUGAAGAAUCUUUAUCCAUAACCCAUUCAGAGACCACAUCAGAUCAAAGUGAUACCGAGUGCCGUGUUCGAGCAUUAAGGGAAGAACUGAGAAAACGCAAGUCUGUGGUGGUAAAUUUAAAGAGAGAGCAAAAGAGACGGCAGAAAGAAAAGCUGCGAGCACAGGAAGCCAUUCUACUGAAGCAACUACAGUCAUAUGAUGAGUACAUUCAAAAGGCUCAAGCUGAGCUCAGUGAAAACCACAAACCAGAAUCCAGUGAAAACCACAAACCAGAAUCCAGUGCAAAACCCAUCGCUAAAACUGCAGCGGUCAGCAGAGAACCAGCCCUAUCUGACAGGUUUGAUGGCACACCCACCUGUAAAACUUCAAAUGAACAUGAACAUCCAUUGGAGUCCAUUGACUUGCCUGACGGAAGCUUCAAUCAAGUGGACUGCCUGGACACUAAGCAGGUGUAUGCGAUGCAGAGGGUCUUGGAUCAGUCUUUGCAUGGUCCUGCUCUUUUCUCUUCAAAAGAUGACGUGCCUAGUGACCACAGGUCUUGCCCUCCAAGGGACGGUGUGUCCUCUUCUACACAGAGCAGUCCAGUGUCAACUAUCAAGUCAGAGGUCCCAGAGGAAAUGUUGGAAAACCAAAGUCGCAUUUCUGUAUCUCCUCCCCCUGCGCUGAAACUUAAUCUAAGGAGCCAAAGUCCAGAUGGAAGUCUUUCCCACAGUCAUGUAUCUGUGUCGCCUCCACUGGUACUGAACCUUAAUCUUAGGAGCCAAACUCCAGAGGGGAUCCUCUCCACCAAUAAAUACCAAUCAUAUGCUGAUGAUUUUGAGGCGUUUUCUUCUGUGUCCCCAUCGGGUGCUGAAACCCCAUGCGAGGAGAUAGAAUUUUCCGUUGUUUCAGAUGAAGGAACGGCUGAACAUGAGGAGGAACAUAGUGGCUUUAAAUCCAGUCCUCGCUUACUUGAGAUUGUUGCUACCUCACAAGAACCCAUUGUUUCACAUGAAAUCAUUGAUCCUCUUACAGACUUCAAGCUAGGAGACAGGGUUCUGGUAAGUGGGGUGCAGCCAGGAACACUGCGUUUUAAAGGUGAAACACAUUUUGCUGAAGGUGUAUGGGCAGGAGUAGAACUGGACAAAUCUGAGGGCAAUAAUGAUGGCGCACAUGAAGGCAAACGGUAUUUUAGUUGUCCCUUCCAGCAUGGGCUGUUUGCACCUCCACAUAAGAUCUCACACCUGGAGGCAGAGAGCCAGACGUCUCAUUCCCCUAAAGGAAGUGCGGUUGUUGAUGACGAAGGGCCUCUUGAACACACUGGAGAGUUUGACACUCUUGAUUCCACAUUUGAUGAUGUGCCUGCCAAAGAGGAUACCACAUUGUUUGAAACGAAACCGUGUAUUAUCUCAGAAGAUGGACAAAAUCAUGCACACAAAACAGAGUCUAUCCAGGAACAAACCACCACCCUGGAAGAGAACAACACAAGCCUAAAAACUCUUCUUCCAGAGACACUUGACAAGGAAAAGCAACAUCAAGAGACGGAUGGGGUGCAUGUCCCAGAGGUGAAUACACUUUCUGAAAAUGUAUUAAAGGUCUGUCUGAGGGAAACUGUUACCUACCUCCAAAAUAUACGCAGACAGCGGGCAGAGAAAAUUCAGCGGAACAACCAAGACAUACUAAGCUCCCUUAACACCAAUGAUGUUCACAGAGAUACUGAUGACACCCAAAAUGACGAUCUACAACCUCAGAUGGUAUCUGUGUUCGAGCCGCGUUAUGGACAGGAUUUGACAGAGCUUGGGCCAAACCGUAACCUGCUUACUGUCCUUGGAGAGGAGCCAGACUGGUUUGACGAGGACUUCGGUCUGAGCAGCUUCAAGAUCCAGAAGUGUCAAUCUGAAAAGGACGCCCCCCCAGAAUUCUCUCCAGAACCAAGUCUUGUAACACCUGUCCCUGAGCCUGCACCCAAACCUGUGCUCCCAAUUCCCCAGGCAGAACCUUUAAUUGUAGUCUCCCACACUGAGCCUGAAGUAGAGCAACUACUGCAAGUGGCUUCAGAUGCGUUGUGGAGGUGGAAACACCAUGGUGGAGACCUCCAGGAGAUCCGUGCUUUUUUCACCCAAUCUGUUGAAGACGGGCAGAGCACAGCUAGCUGUGCCUACAAGUCCAUGCUGUUUGACCUGGCCUUGCAUAUAUUUAAUGAGAUAUGUUCUCCAGACCCCCGUGGGUCUUACCCCUUGUGGAAGAAGCCUCCUCGAGUGUCUCCAUUAUAUGCUCGUCGGGUGAUGGAUCCUCACAACAUGCAGGAAGUCAAGACUUUCUUGACAGAUGAAGUGCUUAGUCUCUUGAGCUUGAAGAAGUCUGAAAAUCAUAAAACAGACUGGCAAAGAAUGAUGAAGUUUGGGAGGAAGAAGAGAGACAGAGUGGAUCAUAUACUGGUACAGGAACUGCACGAGGAGGAGGCACAGUGGGUGAAUUAUGACGAUGAUGAAUUGUUUGUAAAGAUGCAGCUGGCUGAUGGGAUCUUUGAGACCUUAAUUCGAGACACACUACAGGUCCUGCAGCAAAUUCAAGAAAAGAACCACCUCGCACUUAAAGUUUGAUCUAUCGGAAAAGCUGCAAAUGUCAAUAUUCUACAAUUUCGUCCAUAGAAUGAAAGGAACCACCGUUGGUCGUGGUGUGGACCUAAUUUUAAAUGAUUUACAGGUUCUGUCAGACUAUAGGGUGUGUGAUAUCGAUAACCUGUAUAACUUAACGUGAGUGUUCUGGGGCAGGGUGUGUGCAGCUGCCUCAUCAAGUGUCCUUAACUUCUUGCAAUACUUGAAAAGUUGGGUGUAUAAUGCAAUAUCUGGGCAAACUGAAAUCUUCUCGGAUAAGAGCUUUACUAUUGGAGCCUAUGGAGAAAAAUGACUUUUUGUUUUUAUUUUUUUAACAGUAAUCUUACAAUGGGUUGUGCAAGCGAGUUAUCAUUAUGGCGAGGGCGUAUCUGCAAAGGAUCAUCAUUAAAAAUAAAAAAUAAUUAGCAUUAUUACUG